GCACUUUGGGUUUCGCACUUAAGUUUUGUGUGAACGCGGCUGUCGUAGAUUAUCACACGUUUCGUUAAACUGAUCAAAAUUAUCCCCCCAACCCCUUUCAGAGUCAUGGGUGCGAAGGUUGCGGCAUGCGGGCGAGAGGGGGAUUUAAAUUUCUUUUGGGUCCGAACAGCUGCUUUUGACUGGAAGUAAAGAGUGGGACAACGUUUCUUCAGACAGAAGCUCCGGCUGGUUCGUUUGUCGUUUGGGGUGUUUUUGUGUUUGGUGGAGAGCGGUGGUGGCUCUCGGGACUGACCACAGGAAUUGGUCCUGAAAAUGGAGGCUGUUAUCGAAAAGGACUGCGGUGCUCUCGGAGGACUUUUCCAAACUGUUAUCGCGGACAUGAAAAGCAGCUGCCCUAUUUGGGAGGACUUUAUCACGAAGGCCAGCAAACUGCAGUCGCAGCUAAGGGCGACGGUGGUUGCUGUUGCUGCCUACUUAGAUGCAUUUCAGAAAGUGGCCGACCUGGCCACCAACUCACGAGGUGGGACCAGAGACAUUGGCUCAGCUUUGACCAGGAUGUGUAUGAGACACCGCAGCAUAGAGGCCAAACUCAAGCAGUUUUCCAUGGUCUUUUUGGAGGAUUUGAUCAACCCUCUGACGGAAAAGAUGGAAGAGUGGAAGAGAGGAGUCAACACUUUGGACAAAGACCAUGCUAAAGAGUAUAAGAGAGCUCGCCAGGAAAUUAAGAAGAGAUCCUCUGACACACUGAAACUUCAGAAGAAAGCAAAGAAAGCUGAUAAUUUAGGUCGUGGUGACAUCCAACCACAGCUGGACAGCGCCAUGCAGGAUGUCAGUGAUAAAUACCUUCUGCUAGAAGAAACGGAGAAACAGGCCCUGAGGAAAGCGCUCAUCGAGGAGAGACAGAGAUUUUGCUGCUUUGUCGCCAUGCUGCGGCCUGUAGUGGAUGAGGAGAUUACUAUGUUGGGAGAGGUCACACAUCUGCAGGCCAUUUCUGAUGAUUUGAAAGCACUGACGUCUGAUCCACACAAACUUCCCCCUGCCAGUGAACAGGUGAUCUUGGAUCUGAAGGGCUCAGACUACAGUUGGUCAUAUCAAACUCCACCGUCGUCACCCAGCACUACUACGUCUAGAAAGUCUAGCAUGUGCAGUAGUCUGAACAGCGUUAACAGUAGUGACUCCAGAGGAUCCAGCGGCUCUCACUCUCAUUCUCCUUCCUCCUCCUCUUCCUCCUCUUCCUCACACCAUCUCUUCCACCACCAUCACCCUCGCCAUCGGUACCGUAGCUCCACACUGCCCCAGCAGGCCCCGGCUCGUCUCUCGAGCAUCUCCUCCCACGACUCGGGCUUUAUUUCUUCUUCACAAGACCAGUACACUUCAUCAUACAAAUCAUCCUCCCCUAUGCCAGCUGACGCAAAGCCCUGUCCCAGUUCCAGCUGCUCUGAGGUGCCAGAGACUGGGCAGCUUCACAGCGACUGCUGCUCCCCUUCCCCUCGAGCUGCUACUAGUGCACCUCAGAACAUUACUGACAAGUUCCAGUUGUCCAACGGUUUUGACCACUACAGCCCAGCCACUUCCCCCUAUAUACUUAGCAAUGGGGGCAGUUUGGGCUCAGGGACAGGCACUGCCUUCCCUUUCUUUCCCAUGCCCUCUUCCUCCUCCUCUUCCUCCAUCUGCCCAACUCGUGCAUGGUCGCGUCCCGUCUCAGCCUUGCUGCCAGACUCUCCUCUCAACUGCACAAUGGGUUCCCCCAUGGUGCCUUCAUCACAAGUCCCCAGCUGGAAGGACUGGGCAAAGCCUGGGCCGUAUGACAUGCCUGUGGUUAACACACUGAGGAGGAGGAAAGACAAAGAGGCUCAACCUGUACUGGACAGUAAUGGUUGUGUGAACAGUGAUAAUGGCCUUCCCCCAACCUCAGCAUCCAUGUCUAACUCAGUACUAGCUCGAAGUGGGCUACAAACACCAGUGACCUCAGUGGAAGAGAAGAAGUGGAACAUAGCUGCUCCUGUUAAGACUAGCAAUGUUGAAGCCCACGAAGAACUGGCUUUGGCCUUAUCCAGAGGUCUUGAGCUGGAUACCCAGAGGUCCAGCAGAGACUCCAUCCAAUGUUCCAGUGGCUACAGCACUCAGACCAACACACCCUGCUGCUCUGAAGACACAAUACCUUCACAAGUAUCCGACUAUGACUAUUUCUCGAUGGCCGGGGAUCAGGAUUCUGAGCAGCAGCAGCAGCCUGAUUUUGACAAGUCCUCCACCAUUCCAAGAAACAGUGACAUCAGCCAGUCAUACCGACGCAUGUUCCAGGCCAAACGCCCUGCCUCCACAGCCGGCCUGCCCAGCACACAGGCCCCUUACCCUGGGCAGGCGAUGUGCCCUUCAGGAACCUGUCCUUCCACACCGAUCCACACAGGAGCUUAUUCAUCUAUUCUUACAGGGUCCUCCUGUUCAGGUCAGGCCUUCUUUUCAGGAUCCAGUGCCCAUAAUGGCUCAUAUUCUACAGGACAUGGUCCAGUUAUCGUCACACCUGGCGUUGCUACAAUUCGCCGAACCCCUUCUACAAAACCUACCGCCCGCCGUUCAGGCUCUGUUCCAGGUACCGGCCCCAUCCCCAUUCGUACUCCUGUUGUCCCAGUAAAAAUUCCGACAGUGCCGGAUAUGUCCGAAACAGUUAAUGGGUCCAGGAGCGCAGAUGAGAUGGCAGUAAGAGGAGGAGACAACGAUUUGCCAACAUUUACAGGAGUGGAGGAUGCUAGCGCAUUGCCAUUGUCAUCUUGGAGCGGUCAGGCAUCAACCAACCCUCCCAUCAUGCCCCUGACGAGUCAGCUGACCCAGCAUUCCUUUUAUCAUGAGCAAGAUGGCGGGCAGGAACCAGAAGAAAUUAUAGAGACCAACAUGCUUGUGGCCAUCCGCAAAGGAGUCAAACUGAAGAGAACGCUCACCGACGACCGAUCUGCACCACGCAUCACAUGAUGGGGUCAUACGAUCACUUAAUAAACGAGCUGCGAUAGUUCUACUCAUAGCAAACAGUGUGUUAGCUUCCAAAUAAUCACAUAAAACCCUGAUUAUUUAAAACUAUAUUGUAUAUAUUUGGACCCAACGUGAAUCGCAGGCAUAUUUCUACCACAGCAAGCUCAGAAAGUCAGCUCUUGGCUCUUAGCUUUGUAAUAUGAGUAAAAAAAAUAUGAGGAUCUUUUUAUUCGUGGUUGUGUUAAAUGUUAAAUUUAAACAUGACAAGGUUCAGCUUCUGGAACUAUGUCUGAGCGGAAAACACUACAUGUUCUGUGCAGACAGUGUGUAUAGUGUGAGCUUUGUAACACCGCAGGGAAAAUGAACAUAAUAACCAUGUAGCGUUUUGGCAGAAAUAACCAGUGAAAGUACUACACAACAUCAAAGAGCAAUAUUUUGUGCACAGGGAUUUAUCAGCCCCACCGGUCGGGUUUUGUUCACACCUUUUGGCAUCUCUUGUUGAACUGAAGUGACUGAUUACUUGGAGGGAUGCCUUAAAGACUUCAGACUGGAUUACUGGAUUCUUUUUUUUGGGGGGGGGGGGGGGGGGGGGGGGGGGUGUCUAACUAUCAAAGGUGUGAUCCAUAAUUACACAAUACUGACCAUGACAAAAGAACCGAGGUUUUGUUGCAGCCUGAUUGUCACUCGAGUCAAACUGCAACAUUGUUGUGGCUUAAGAGUUACGUGAUUGAUUCUGUAAUGUUAAGAGAAGAUUAUUUUGUUUUCUGUGUUUUGGAAUUGUCACAUAAAUGCUUUGUUGCUGAGGAGUGGGUUUUUGUUUAUUUCUGUGCUUUUGGCUUUAGGUCUGCAAAGUUUCCUCCCACUCCUCCUCAGUGCCAAAAUCAUCCACUUGUCUCUUUUAACAGGCCGUUUCAAACAGCUGUCAUACAGGCACCAUCAUCUUCUGAUAAUAUAUAAUCUGCAAUAUCUACAUGCUGAAGAUCAGAAAACUCCUUUGUGGUUUGCAAUUCCUGUAUAUAUUAGUAAUUAUUUAGAGUAUACGCCCCCUAGUUAAGAUAGUGUGUAUCUCCCAGACUGCAGACUGCUGUGUAUUGCUCAUUACAUUACUAACAGUGUCAUCGUACAGAUAGAACCUUUCAAAAUCCAGUGAUAGUGCAAAUCUAUAUAACUAAAUAUCAUCUACAGUAUAACGUUCCGUCUUCUGAGUAUGGGUUGUAUUUAUGUUAUAAAAUAGGUUUUAAAAGGUACAAGUUAUGCUUUGAGUUUGCAAUGCCGUAUAAUUGUUUUGUGUGAUUGCUAUGGUGAACAUAUAUUUUAAACAUGUAGCUGCUUGCAAAUUUCCUUUUGGCUUUGACCUUCUAAUUGUCCAGUUAUUUUCCUUUCUUGCAAAAAAACAGAGGUAACAAAUCCUUUAUGUACAAGUUCUGCUAUAAGGGUGAGAAUAUUGUAUCACAAUACAUUGUAGAAUUUAACAAAUGUAUAAUUGUAGAUAUCCCAAAAAUAUUCUUUUUUAAUGUCUGGACAGUAGGACAGUUUAGAGACUUUUCCUCAGACUACAGUAUUUUAAGAAUACAGGCUACAAGCAUUUAGCAUCACUGAGGGCUGUAUGUAUAUCAUUUGAUUUGCAUUUCAGUUUAAGCACUGUGAGACCAUGGCUAAUAUAAGAUAUAUAUAUAUAUAUAUAUAUAUAAACCUGUAAAUAUUAAUCAGCUAGCCCAGGAACUCCUUUUAAUUUAUUUUCUUUUUCAGCCUUUCUUUUUCAUUCACAGUAUAUAUAUUUUUUAAUUUUUAUGUAAAAUUUCAGUUUCAUAGUUAUUUCUUCUGUUCAUAUACAUCCAUUGUUAGCUUUGUGAAAAUUUUGGAUUUGUCUUGUGAUUGAUUUCAAAGUCCAUUAUUUCAUGCCGACACAAACAGACUGCAGUUUACUGAAAACAUCAGCUGAUUUUAAAUGUAAUCAGCAGCUCCUCUAAAGUGUGUUUUUGUAUUUUCCAGACAUCACCCAAAUAACCACAUUGGAUCAAAUGGCGUCAUUGAAAGCAGCUUUUAGUUUUCCUUCUGCAGAGGCUUGUAUCAGUAUUAUGAGUAUGAGGUUAUAUAAGGCCAGAUAGUGUUUAAUGACACAAGGGUGGAUUCAGUUCAUCAAAAAUCUGUAUAUCCAGAAUUUAAGUAAAAGCCUUUAGCAUCUUAGAAUAUCAAACUAUUUUCCCUGAUUAAAGAAAUAAUACCUUAUAGUCACUAUCUUAAAAUUUGUUGAGCCACCCUGUUAUGAAGUCUGACAUGAUGAUGUUUUUAGAUGUGAAUAGUUUCAUUCUAAUACAUUAAACAAAUGGCGCUUUCUUUAAUGUGUUUCAAGUUUCCAAUCGAUCUUUGAAAGUUCAGUGUGUAGCAUUCUUGAGUUUACGUAUUCUUUAAAGAAUCUUCAUAUUUAUUUUAGCAGAAUAAAAUCAGAAGAAGACAGUUUAUACACAAUACAUUGUAUCUUGAUGAUCUGAAGCAUGUAGCGUGAGUGCAUUUAGAGGCGUGUCCAACUCCACUUUGAUAUUCACAUGAUGCAUAAUCUGAGCGCAAAGUAAUGCUUUGGCAGCAAAGGAAUAGCAUUUUGUCAAUUUACCAGGGGUGCAUUUUGGGCCGUAACACACUAAUCAAACCAGUCAUAUGGUCAUCUGUCAUUCCGUUCAGGAGUCGCGUGUGUGUGAAACUGGUGCUUUGUUGUUUAAAUGGGUAAGUCAAAAGUGAACGGCUUUCUAAAAAGGAUAUGCGGCAACAGUCCACCACAGCUCCCUGAGGUGAAGCUGUUUAUCUCAUUACUGCAACACAUCCUCCUCUUAACACCCAAUCUCCUUGAGUACCCAACCCCAUAUCCGCGCCCACCAGCAUAAAAAAAAUGUACAAAUCACAGUUAUUACAGUCUUGAAUUUUCUGUUACUUUUUCAUUUCACUUUGUUUUUAAUUUUUGUUUUCACUUCAGUUUCAAUAGCACAAAAACUCUCCACAUGACUUUAGACCAGGUUUUUUUUUUUUUUCUAUAGUUACAAUCAUUUUAUGCUGCCUCAUGACAGCACUGUGCCUGAUUGGGACUCACUUUAAGACCAACACACCCAUGGGUGCACCAAUGAGUGCAAGUACAUUUACUAGUAUUUAAACAACACGUGUGCUGUGUAUGAAAAUGGCAACAGUUUUAAGCGGAAACAAGCAAUGACACUUGAACUGUGUAAUGCGCUGCUUUGUCAGGUUUAAGAGAGGACCUAUAGUGUCAUUAACAGUUAAACUGGCCGUAAAGCAGAGAUACUAGAAUCAAACACCCAAUAGAAAUUACUUUAUUAUGGACUUUUAAAAACUUGUUUCCAGAUUAUUAUUAAACAGGUGAAAAAAGUCAGGUUAUAUCGCAUCCAAACUGACAGUUUUUACUGACAAAAAUAAACUGCUGCUUAUUAAAAUAACAGAACCAAAAACAAGGAUUCAACCUGUAUUAGAUUUGGCUGAAGUUUACUUUGUGAACUAUCACCUGUUUUUAUUUUCUUGUCAAAAACCUGUACAUCUUGUUCUUGCAGAUGGCCUUGGUGCCAAAGCAGUUUUUUCCUUGUUCCAGCAUGAAUCUGAUUCAUUGUGUUUGUUGGAGAGGAUUGUUGCCCACUGGGAACUGCUUUCUUGCAUAUUUUGGAUAACCCAGGGUUGAGUUUUCAGUUUCAAUCCCUCCAUUUUUCUCACCUGUACAAAAGUGAUAUAACAAUAUAAUGUUGAUAUUUAAGUUGUUAGCUGAAGUGUGUAUUAUUUCAGAGUUAGUCAGUGGGCCCAGUGAAUAAGAAGUUUUUAGUUUGUAUGGUUUUGUAAUUAAUCCUGGAGUUGACCUCUCUUUGUCCCUUGCAGUUCAGCACAGUAUCAUUCAGAUUAUUUCAGAAAAGUAAAAGUUAUUUUUUGUGUAAUGACAGCUUUGGCAAUAUAAUAAAAAAAAU